CCAAAAGUGGUCUCAAGUGAUGUCAUAUUGCCUUGAGUCAGUGCAGUGACAACAACUAACACCUUGGGCUUUUGGUACAUUGACACAGAGGUAUAGAUGGAGUCGUCACUUCCCGAAUGGGUGACAAAAGAAUUUUUUCAACAGAGUCUCCGUAAAGAAGAAGACAACAACAACAUUGUGGUAACAAACUUGACCACUUCAUCAGCUGUUCCUCCUGGCAACAACUACGGGAGCUUCAUCAUCAGAGUUGAGCUGGAGUGGAGAGUGGGCCAAGAUGAUUCUGUGGUGAAUACUUCAAGAUUCAUUGUCAAAAAUGAACUUACUGAAGGGCCGAUGAAAGAAUUAGUAACAGAACUUAAUCUGUUGGAACCUUCAUUCUACUAUAACUUUAUACCAAAAGCAAAAGAGUUCUGUGAUGUUAAUUUUGCUGCCAAAAGCUUCUUUUCUCCAAAAUCAACUGUGACAAUACUUGAAGACUUGAAAGAAAAAGGAUUUGUUAUGGCUGAUAGAACAAAGCUGUUAGACUUUGACCACUGCCGCCUCUAUAUGCUUGCAGCGGCUUCAUUUCACUCGGUGUCUGUUGCGGUUUUCAAAAAGCAUCCUGAAUUAUUGCAGCCUAUUAAAAAAGAAAUAAUGUUCUCGAAUGAUUCAAAUAUCCGAGAGCUGUUUAUAUCUCUAAUUAAUGGUGGGAUGAAUAGGUUAAUCAGAGAAAUGGAGAAACUGGUUACAAUGAAGGAAUUUCUCGACACAGUAAAAGACAUUACACCGCAUCUAUGGGAUAUUCUGGUUGAAACACACAAACCAAGUGGAGAAGUAAUUAAGACGAUCAAACAAGGAGAUCCAUGGAUAACCAACAUGAUGUUUAGGUACAAGAACGACACAGUGUGCGACAUCAAGAUCAUUGACUUCCAGGGGACUUCAUAUGGGUCACCUAUAUCUGAUUUGACGACGUUCCUUUGGUCUAGUGCAAAUUUUGAUGUGAAGAGAAACAGAUUGGACGAUUUGUACAGAAUAUAUCUUGACAGUUUUAACGAAAAUCUAAAGCAAUUCGACUGUGAUGAAAGACUAACAUAUGACCAGAUGAUGGCAGAGGUGCGAAGGUUUAGUCCAUUGGCUCUGUAUAUCUCUAGUUCUUGGCUGCCUGGUCUUGUACACCCAGAUCCGAUGGAUUUUUCUUUUUUCUCCUCUGAAGACCAGGAAUCUAAAGUUGAGAAUGUUUUUGCUAAAUAUUACAAUGAUGAAUAUUGUGCAAUGUUUCUUCCGAAAGUGUUGGAGUCUUUGGAAAUCAAUGGAAUUUUUAACUACCUGGUCGUUCACAGAAAGUAGUGGAGGUUUUCAUCUACAUUUUAAUCAUUUUUAACAUCAAUUUCAAAAUGAAAAGUUUUUUUUCGAAAACCAAAAUGACUUUCAUCAAAUUAAAAUAAAUGGCAAUAAAAGUAAUUAUUUUUUUACUGUAGCUGGUAGAUUUAUACCUCAGUGUCCGUUAAAUGUUUAAUAUUAGAUUUGUUUAAAUACGUAUUACUAUUUGUUAGCCUGACACAGGUAGGAUUAAAAAUUUAUAAACGGUCUGCUUCCAAUAUUUUUUAAAUUCUAAAUUUGCCAUUUGAUUAUUUUUUUUAAAUUGCACUUACAAUACUUAUAAUCCUUACUGAAGAUCCAAUCUAUUCUAUUGAAGACUUCAAUGAAAAAUGUGUCAAAAUUAAAAAAAUAAAUUAUAACGACUUUAAUAUUAUACAUAAGGUAAAAAUUAAUUAAUUAUCAUGUAGAUACAGACAAUAAAGUAUCUAUAUUAUUAAAAGAAUUUGUUGGAUUUUUGUGUGCAGCAAAUCGACCUCUUAAUAUACAGGGUUAGUAAAAAGUCUGGAGACCCCCUGUUAAUUUUUUAACGGCCUAUAAUCCGCUGCCAUUUUUGACUAGAUUGAGAUAGAGACCUCUAGUUUGCGUUGUUGGUUUUAUAUUACCAGGACCUUCAAAAUGAGGGGUCACUCGAUGGGUCUUACCAUUUGAAAGUUUUGAGUUUUGAUGUAGCACACCAAGUGGCGGUUAUGCCCAAAAAGUACUUCAUAACAUGCCAUAAAGGUGUGCUGAGUUUAGUUUUUCUAGUAUGGGCCGUUAAAAAAUUAACAGGGUGUCUCCAGACUUUUUACUAACCCUGUAUUUCUAUAUGCAUAUUGGGUAUCAAAUUAAAGCUCUUAUUCUCUAGAUGUGUCUUUUGCGGGUUUUGAUGAUAUCUUGUGAAAGCCCUUCGUCCCACAGGCUUUUAACAUUUCAGAGUUUGUGCUGAAUUCUGUUCUCAAUCAUCUGAACUGCUUCAAGUUUACAUUUGUUUAUAUCAAAAUAGAUGGCCAUAAUACAAUUUUGUUUACAUCCAUAUGAAAAUGGGGUUAUCUGUAGUUGAUGUUUCAGUGAAUUCAAGUAAAAUAUUGUAACGCUAUUUGUAUAACAUUUAAAGAAGAAAAUGACUUACCGGUACGUUUGAUUUUGUGUUAUGAUAGGAUUUUAUGUUUUCAAAGCAUGUUUUAUUUAUAAUUUAAGUAAAAUAUUGUAAUGUCAUUUGUUUAAAAUGUAAGUAAGAUAUUUUGUGUUUUCAUAUAGUAGCCUGUGUUUCUUUAGUCUUUGUAAUUUUACUGAUAUUUCUCGAAGAGAUCGUGCACACAAUGAAAUUAAUAGUGCACACAAUGGAAAUAAUAGGGAUAUGAUGAGAAAUAAUUGUUUUCACUCUUAUCAACUAUAUUAUAUCAAAUAUAUUACGGAUUUUGAAGUGACGCUGGCUGCUAGUAAUUAUUAUUAUUAUACAGUAGUUAUGGUGCCAAAAUAUGUAACAAACUACCAGCUGAAAUAUAGAAAUCAAUUUCUUUGAAUUCAAAGAAUCUUUUAGUAAUGCUCUUUGAUGAGGUAAUUUCAAGUUACUGUGCUUGAUAGAAGAAUAUCUGCAGGCUGUUUAAAUUUAAAAGUUUAGUUAUAUCAUCUCGUUUGUUUGUAGAUUUGUCAAGCAAAUUGGUGUUGUGUGAGAGUUGCAAAUAAACAAAAUGAAUAAAG